AUGGCUCCGUCUUUCCCUUCGUUGCCUCUCUUGGCCGUCCUUGUGAUCCUGUGCGCCACCAUGCCGGCGCUCCCUUCACCGUGUGGAGCCAUGCUCGAGAACGUCGUCGUCCAUGACCUGCUGAUGCUGGGCAGGUUCCACCGGUGGAUGUCCGCGCACAACCGCUCCUAUGCCGGCGCCAGAGAGAAGCUGCGCCGCUUCGAGGUGUACCGCAGCAACAUGGAGUACAUCGACGCCGCCAACGCGGCCGGCGAGCUCGGCUACGAGCUCGGAGAGAACGAGUUCACCGACCUCACCCACGAGGAGUUCAUGGCGCGGUACACUGGAGGCGAAUUCGUCAACAACGAGGACGGCGAUUUUGUUGGUGACACGAUCAUCACCACUCUGGCCGGGGAUGUCCACGAGGGGCGUGAAACAAUGGAGGACGAGGAUAGCCUGGGGGUGGGACUUCCUGAAAGCUGGGAUUGGAACGAGCAGGGCUUUGUUACACCGGCUAAAAACCAACAGAAAUGCGGAGCUUGUUGGGCAUUUGCGGCAGUGGGAGCAGUUGAAAGCCAGCUGAAAAAGAAGACCGGGGAGCUACUGGAUCUAUCCGAGCAGGAGCUAGUCGACUGUGACUCGACACAAAAACCUGGCGGCUGCAAGGGUGGGAGUCCCUACAGGGCGUUUGAGUGGAUCAAGAGCAAGGGGGGCAUCAUGAAGGAGGCCGAGUACCCAUAUGAGGCACAGCAGGGGCAAUGCAGGACCAACGGGGACGCCAUCCGCAGGGGGAAGAUCUACCAGAUAGGGAUGAUGAAAUCAGAAGAAAGGUAUCUGCAGGAAGCCGUGUACAAGAGGGGGCCGACGGCCGUCGGCAUCGACUCGCGCGACCGCAAUCUGCAGCACUUCAAGAGCGGCAUCUACAAGGGGCCGUGUGGCACCGCACUGAACCACGGGGUGCUCGUGGUGGGAUACGGGGCCAGGGAUGGGGAGAAGUACUGGGUCGUCAAGAACUCUUGGGGGCAGACGUUUGGGGAGAAUGGCUUCUUCCUCGUGAGCAGGGGAGCCGAUGGAAAGGCCGGGCUGUGCGGUAUCGCCAUGAGAGCCGUCUACGCCCUCGUGUAG